ACUGCGGCAGGUAAACGCCUGAGACAGUUUGGCGGUAGCCAGCGUCAAACAGUCGCAUCUAAAAUACAAUAAAAUGUAGAGAAUCGCACGCGUUUCUAACUUCCGCUCUCAUGUCAUCGAAAAAACCCGCUACGUCCUGAGUAAUUCUGCAUUUCCGCUCUCUGCGAGGAAGUGGAGCAGAGAGGUCUGUAGCUGAGUUGCGAAUGUCGUCUGCUCGUUGAAAAGGCUUCAUUUCGCCGCUCGAACGCAGGCGCGAAAGUGCGAUUAAAUCGAAGUGCCUUGAAUUAUAAAUUUUAUUAUUUUUAUAUAAAUAUAUAUAAUUACUGCUAUGGAUUUGUAGUGCCAAUGUAUGGAAAUCUUGCACAAGUUUGUUUGUGCAGUUGGGAUUCUAACAUGCAAGAUAUCCCAGCAAGCAAUUCUUUUAUCAAUCCACAUAAAACUGGUCUACUUCAAAAACUGGUAGGAAGGGGAUGGCUUUAUUCUGGAACCUGGAAGCCACGUUACUGUGUUCUGGACGGAUCCAAAUUUUACUUUUACGAGAAUGAACAAAGUAAAGGGAACGAGAAAACUUGUGGCGUCAUCAAUCUGGACUACUAUGACUUGUGCGAGGAGAACAACGUCAAAGACAAAAAGAAUCCUCAUGUCUUCAUCAUAGGAACUUCAGUCAGGGGCUUCUUUGAUAACCGACACCAGUUCUCGGCUGGAUCUGCGGACGAGAUGCAGUCUUGGAUUCGAUCCAUCCAAGCUGCCAUAACGGAAGCUAGGCAGAGCCGCAGGAAGGCCGGAAGGAAGCAGCAGCGACACCUAGAGGGGAAGUCGCCCGACCUCAGCAGUUCGUCACAGUGCACUUGUGCAUUCUGUGCUGCCAUUUGUUUACGAUCAUCGUACAGAAGGAUUUGUCCCGACUCUCAGACUACUAAACAACUACCUCAUUGA